CUGAGUCCUGGAGCACAACGUGCAACAUGGCUGCCUCCAGUGGGAGAGUUUUAAGGUUCUUUCUAGGAAGAUAUUGCGGCUGCUAUUCUUUGAUACUUCAGUCUGGAAUAAAAAAUGUUACACGACAAAACUCGGUCGUUCCUGUCCUGUCGAGGUUAGUGAGCACUAGUUCAGCACUUCAACGAAAGAACAUCGCUGCAGAAGGUCCUGAGAAAUAUACCGAAGAGUUCAUCAAGAAACAGAUUGAAGAGUUCAAUAUUGGGAAAAGACACCUUGCCAAUAUGAUGGGAGAAGAUCCUGAAACAUUCACACAGGAAGACAUUGACAGGAGCAUUGCCUACCUUUUUCCUUCAAGCCUGUUUGAGAAGAGAGCCCGACCUGUCAUGAAGCACCCAGAUGAAAUCUUUCCGAAGCAGAGGGCUGUUCAAUGGGGAGAAGAUGGGCGUCCUUUUCAUUUCCUUUUCUACACAGGAAAGCAGACUUAUUACUCGUUAAUGCACGACACGUACGAAAAGUUUUUGAACAUUGAGAAAUACCAAGACCAGAUGAGAUCCAAGGGCCUUUUUUCUCAGGAUACAAAACAAAUAACCCUCAUAGGGAGCAGAUGGCUUUCAAAGGAGGAGCUGGAGGAGGUUCUUGUUGAGCCCAUUUCUGAGCUUGAUUACGCCCACUUCAUCCAGCUCCUGGAGCGUAUUCUGACUCUCCCAUACUGUGCUACAGAGGAGGAAUACAUUCAUAGGUUCAGAAGGGAACUUGAAAUACAGUCAAAGAAACAGAAGGUUGAACCCCUGCAGCAUGACGAUAAUGGCAUCGCCUUUAGUGUUGGAGAAGGCAGACGAAAGACUGCUAGUGCUGUCGCAGUUGUACGAGACAACGGUUCUGGGAAAAUUUUAAUCAACGGAGUUGACUUCCUCCAGUAUUUCCCAAUAUUACAAGACAGGGAACAGUUGAUGUUUCCCUUACAAUUUCUGGACCGGUUAGGCAGGCAUGACCUGGAAGGUACUGUCACUGGAGGGGGCAGGAGUGCUCAGGCAGGGGCACUGCGAUUGGCCAUCUCAAGGGCUGUGCUGAGUUUCCUUACAGAGACUGAGGUGGAGAAUAUGAGGCAGGCUGGGCUGCUGACCCCUGACCCCCGAGUGAAGGAGAGGAAGAAGCCAGGCCAGGAGGGAGCUCGCAGGAAGUUCACCUGGAAGAAACGAUAACACCAAUAAUAUGACUAUUGAAAUUACAGCAACCCUGCCUCAGCAUAACAACAGUGCACUCUUGAUAGUUGAAAACUUUGAGAUGGUUAAAAAUACUACCAGUCUGUGCAUUUUUUACAUCAUAGCACAAAGAAGUUUAAGAACAAGUUUGGAAAAUUUGGACUUACCUGAAAACAUGGCAACACUGUGAAAUAAAUUUAAAUAAAUUUAUUUGUAACCGCCUACAAAAUUCAUUUUUUAAUCUGUCUUAAUGUAUAUCUAUAUAUAUAUACAGUAAUGUUAUGAGUUAUCCAAACAAGUCCUCCUAGACAUAUCACAGUGUAACGUAGCACAUACUAUGCAAAGGACAAAUAUGUUGCUUUUUGAAGGAUCCAUAUAAAUAGCCCCCAAAAAACAUUGUCGCUUUGUAUUUGAACAUUUGCAUAUUACAUACUGUAGGCUGUUUCUGCAGGAGAGCUAUUAUUGGUUGAAAGUGUCAGGAAACACCUAUUUAAAAUUGCAAUUUAACAAUUGUAAGUUUUAUAUUUAAUGAUUAUAGAAGCAAUUUGUUUAAUCACUUUAUAAAAACUACAACAGGUUUCUGAACCAGCAAAUGAAAUUGUUGUUUCAUUGGUUAUCAUUAAUUGAUAAAUCAGUUUAAACUCUUGGGUGCAUUUUGUAUCAGCCUUUUUACCAAAUCUCUCCUUUUCAGAGCACAGAAUGAUGUACUGAGAUUUCCUCUUAAUGUUUCUCAGCUAGUUUUCCCAUGGAGGGCCAAGAGAAGUCACCUGUUUGGGACCCGCUGCCACAACGAUUAUUGGUGCUUGAUUUGGAUUUCUUUCGUUUUACAGUCACUUCUACAGAUUUAUGUUAGUUUUGAAGACUAUCAGGCUGGCAAGAGAAAAUUUAAAACAAGUGUGCAUAGCUCAUCAUAAUAGUUAAUAUAUUCAGUGUUUCCACAGUUCAUUCCUAAAUUGGAAUCCUAUUAUGUAUAUUCUUUGUAAUUCCCUAUUGGUUAUUUAACUGUGAGAUUGUGAGGAUAAGUCAUGUGGUAUUGUUACAUGCUUUUAGCCCAUUAGAGAAGCAGACUUGCCUUUUGUGCAGCACUGAUAGAUGCAGUAUUUCUUAAUUACUUCAAAACAGAACUAAAAACCAAAGAUACGCCUGGAUGAGAUCAUUUUAGAAAAAGGAUAUGGAUUACCUUCUGUCUACAUACUAUAUAUAAAGGAAACUUAUUAAAAAGUGCAAAAUAUGUUAAUUGUUUGCAAAUGUAAAAUCAUAAAUUGAGCAAAACGUGCUGAUAAAAUAAUUAGCGUUG